GCGGGGAGAGGAGGGGCGUGCGGCGGCGGGGCCGGGGCAUGGCGGCCGGGGGGGCGCUGAGGCCUUUCCAGCUUUCCGAAAGCUGAACGGCUUUGGAUCUGCCUGGCGCUCCUGGGAAGAAGAAGAAACGCUUUGGCUGUGAAAUAAUCGAUAUUCGAAGCGUGGCCGCUUGCUUCAGCUCCUUCUUGGCUGCCUGGAUGCCGGGUGGACGUGGAGGUCGGCUGUGCCGCGUGUUUUAGCCCCGAAAAUGAAGUUUCUGCGUGGGAUCUGUGGCCUUAAAGGAAACCCUUGGUGGCACAUGGAGUGAUAAGACGUUUUUCUCCAGGGCUUUUUCCCUGGCUUUAACGGGUGCCUUCUUCUGCGUGAUGACCUUAGUCCUCAGGGAUACGAUGGAGCUCCUAGAGGAAGAUCUCACCUGUCCCAUUUGCUGCAGCCUGUUUGAUGAUCCUCGUGUCCUGCCCUGUUCGCACAACUUCUGCAGAAAGUGUCUGGAAGGCAUACUCGAGGGAAACGUGCGGAACGUGCUGUGGAGGCCGUCCCCUUUCAAGUGCCCCACGUGCCGGAAGGAAACCCCUGUGACGGGAGUCAACAGCUUACAGGUCAACUAUUCCCUGAAAGGCAUCGUGGAGAAGUACAACAAAAUCAAAGUCACUCCCAAAAUGCCCGUGUGCAAAGUGCACAGCGGGCAGCCCCUCAACAUUUUUUGCCGGACGGACAUGCAGCUGAUCUGCGGGGUUUGCGCCACCCGCGGCGACCAUACGAAGCACGUGUUCUGUUCCAUCGAGGAAGCUUACUCCCAGGAGAAGCGGGCUUUCGAAACCCUCUUCCAGGGCUUUGAGACGUGGCGGUGCGGGGACGCGCUCUCCCGCCUGGACACUUUAGAAACCAGUAAGCGCAAAGCCUUGCAGAUGCUGACCAAAGAUUCCGACAAGGUGAAAGAGUUCUUCGAGAAGCUGCAGCACACGCUGGAGCAGAAGCGGAACGAGAUUCUCUCCGACUUCGAGACCAUGAAGCUCGCGGUGAUGCAGGCCUAUGACCCGGAGAUCAAUAAACUGAACACCAUCCUGCAGGAGCAGCGGAUGGCUUUCAACAUCGCGGAGGCCUUCAAGGACGUGUCCGAGCCCAUUAUUUUUCUGCAGCAGAUGCAGGAGUUCAGGGAAAAAAUCAAGGUGCUCAAAGAAACCCCGUUACCGUGUUCCAACGUGGACGUCAGCCCUACGAUGAAGAGCUUCGAUACCAGCCAGUGGAACGGGAUAAAACUGGUUGAUGUGGACAAACUGUCCUUGCCUCAGGAAAACAACACCCUGAAACUGAAGAUUCCCUCGGUCUUUUCGCGCAGGUUUAUAGUAACCUCUCUUAUUUGCUUGCUUCUUCUUGCUGUCACCAGAAUGUCCUUUGUGGAGUCUGUCGUUGACAAUCUCCAGUGCUGGAAGUCUCAGUUCUUUACAAUUAGCCUGUCUUAUUUGGCAGAUACAGUGGAGAUAGCAGACCAUGCCGUCUUUUACUGGGAACAGAUGACAGAUGGAGCUUCACUUCUGAGGGAAAAGUGUAAAAACUAUACGUUGGUUGUACUGGAUAACGUUGCGCAGUUUGUGUGCAAAUAUAAACUGUUGUGAAGCCCCUACUGAAAUGUAAGAAGUAAAAGAGAUCUGGCGAAGAAAACAUAAAGCUUUGUAAAAUUAAUUGUGCUUUUUUUUUUAAAGACUUCCAAUGAAAACACUCAAAACGUUUUGAUUCAAAAUGUUCAGUAAUGAUUCAAAACGUUUCAGUAAUGUUCAUGCAGUUUGAGCACUGCUGAACUUGAAGGCGAAGGGGAGCUUUGGAAAACACAUGGAUUCAGGAUUCUUGUUGCAGGUGAUGAGGGGAAUAAUUCCUCGUUUUAAAUCAUUUUCCUUACCGAAACGUAGGGCCGAGCUAUGUGCUUAGUGUGAUGGUAAUGUGUUUGUAGAAUCAGAGAUUGUAUACCCUUUGAUAAAAAGUGUUCCUCCCUGAAGGGCACGGUUAAUUUUAACUUAUUUUUCCUGACGGGGAGGUGGUUUGGAAACAGGCAGAGCAGUUCUGAUGGAGAAGCAGAGCGCUGUACUGGGAGGCGCCCUGCAAAGCACAGGGCGCGUAGCUCCCACCCUGGAAACACUACCCGAGUAUGUUUCUACUGGUACUCGCUGAAAUAGGUAUGUGUAUGUAUGUGUACGGGUAUAUAUACAUACAGGUCUAUAUAUUUUUGUGUCUAACCAAAAGCUGAGUUGUCCUGCGUACUCAGAUCGCUGUAGGUAAUGGCUAUUGUUUACAUGUACUAUACAAAAACCUAUCUCCAGGGCAAGCAUCUUGAAUAAAUCCUAGGGGUAAAGAGAAACCAGCCGAGGCUGCUGAGAGAAGAACAAGCUGCGUGCUUGCAGUUUACUUUUCUGGCGUGAAAUUGUCGGGGGGGGGGGGGGGGGGAGGGGGGGCGAGCUGUCUUGGUAGAUCCAUGUUUCUUUAAAGCCACAAUUCCUCAAAAAGUGUCUCCAAAGCAAACAGCUCGGUGUGGCGAGAGGCAGGCCUGUGGUCGGCAGGCCUGUGUUCUAGCCCCGCAAAGGUGGCAGCAGAUUCUCUCCUCUCCUCUCUGUCGAUCCAGAUUGUAAUUCCAAGAGCCAGGAAACUGUGUGUAACGCCGUGGGAGCGUGGGUGUUGGUGCUUGGAAGGGCUUUAGCCCUGGAACGUGUAUAGGCUCUCCUACUGUUACUGGGUUGUCGUGCACCUUGUUUCAGGAAUUAAUUGAACUUUCUGAGUGCGUCGGCUUGGCCGUAGGAUAACGCAGAUUUCAAGUGAGCUGUAAGCUUGAGUUCCCCGAAGUGCCCUUCUCUAAGAGCAUACGAUACUGAAAUAUAUUGCCUGAAGUACAUCCAGCCUCCUUUUGCAGUGGUCCUCUGAACAGCAAGAGGUAGAAUGAAAACAUUUUGUCGACGUUUCCAGAAAACGAACGUAAUGGGUGCCAUACUGCAGGGGUAUUCCUCGGCCUCCGUCAAGAUUUAAUCUGUUGCGACGGUCAAUUCACUGUCUUCCAGUAGUCCUUGCAAGCGGCUCAUUUCAAAAAUAAAACGCUAAAUUCCAAGAAUCAAAGUCUCCAAGCAACCGAGCCCUGCAAACAAAACUAUUGUACACGGUAUUUACAGCUUUGUUGCCUGGGAAGCCUGUCGCUGCUCCACACCUCGCUCCAAACACUCGCAGGAAGCGGCGAAUGCUUCGUGCAGCUGCAGAUGGCUCGCAGUUUAGGAAAGAUCCAGCCACAGACGUGGAGAGCAGAGCGUCAUAAUAAUUCUUGACGGGCUGAGACGGCAAUGAGCAGUCGGGAGGUGGUCGCUCUGAGCGUGGGAGGUGUGAGAUUUGUAACCCGGGCGUCCACCUUGCGGCAGUUCCCCGAGUCCAGGUUAGCACGGAUGUUGAGCGAAGACGACCAGGAAUUUAAGCUGGUGAACGGGGAGUUUUUUGUGGACAGGGACGGAACUUUGUUUAGUUACAUCCUGGACUUCCUGAGGACUCUGCAGGUCUCUCUGCCUGCUGAUUUUUCGGACUUCGAGAGGCUGCGCAGAGAAGCAGAGUUCUAUGAGCUCUACCCUCUGGCUGACCUUCUGGGCCAGGAACACCUGCUGAAGCCAAGGCUGGAGAUCCUGGAGGUGCGUUUUUUCCUCCAGGAGACGCAGGCUUUUUUCCGCAUCUUUGGUUCCUGCAGCACCACCGUGGAGAGGCUGGCUGACCAGAUCACCGUGUUCAUGGGGCAGAGCUGGAGCAGCCCUUUUCCUUCUCAGAAACCACUCGUUCCACUUCCCUCGGAAAGACCUUCUCAUCACGACCUGGUUUUUCAGUGUGGAACUGAAUACGCUGCUGGUGACCAGUUUGUGGCCAGGUACUCUCCGUAGUGUGACUUUUCAGUGUGGAAAUGUCUUCAGGACUAAUAGUCCACGAAGUACGCGCUCGUUUUAAAGAAACUAUUGGACAAAUGUCUGAGAGAAAUG